AUGAGGGGUCAUGACAUGAAGAAUGCUGAACGAAUUUCCGCCAACGUGUGUCCAUCCAUGUUGGAGUACGCACCAGCAAGAAGCUUUGCGAUGCAGAUUCGCUCACAAAUUGCACCCAGGACGCUGCAAGGGAAAUACUUCUGGUUCAAAUGUCGCAAGAAAUUUGCUUUUGUACAAGCGCCGCCAGCUCCUGAACCUGAGCACGCUCAUGAGCCGACGUAUGCGGUUAACGAGGAACACCAAAAGAGUAGAGGUUCUGGUCUGUAUCCAAAAGAUGAGAAGUGGAAAAUCAGGUGGAGACGACGGAAUUAG